UUGACCACGAUGACAUCUCCAAGGCUUUCCUCCUAUGUGACAUGGUUGUUCUUGUGGAAAAUGGCUCAUGCGACUGAUCUGAAAUUUUCCUCAUUGGUGCAUCAAGACAGAGGUUUUGUAUCGGCUAAUGUUGGAGACACAAUGACUUUGCGGUGUUUCUAUAAUAAUGAUGACCCAGCAUGGCUUUACUGGUAUAAGCAACCGCUGGGAAAGAACCUAAAGCUGAUCUCCACCGUCUAUGCGUAUGAUAAAAAACACGUUUUUUAUCAUGAAUUCAAGAACAAUACACGCUUCACACUGGAUACUGAAAACAGAAUAAAUCACUUGACAAUUUUGGAUUUGCACAUUUCAGACUCAGCAUCCUACUACUGCGCAAUUAGCACUUCAUUUAGGUUUACUUUUGCCGAGGGCACUGUUCUCAGUGUACAGGGUUCAGGUUUUAAAGUCCCGGCUUUGGUCCACCAGUCAGAAUCUGAGACCAUCCAGCCAGGAGGCUCUGUGACCCUGAACUGUACAGUUCACACUGGGACCUGUGAUGAACAACUCAAUGUUUACUGGUUCAAAGACUCUGAAGAAUCUCAUCCAGGACUAAUUUACACCCAUGGAGGCAGGAAUGAUCAGUGUGAGAGGAAACCCAACACACAAACACACACCUGUGUCUACAACCUGCCGAUGAUGGACCUGAAUCUGUCUCAUGCUGGGACCUACUACUGUGCUGUUGCCUCGUGUGGACACAUACUGUUUGGAAACGGGACCAAGCUGGACUUUGAGGAUGAGGUGGACUCUCUUGUCUUGGUGUAUUUCUUGAGUGGGGCUUUGGUAUUCAACACCAUCCUGGUUGUUUUACUCGGUAUUUCGGUCUACAAGGUGAACAAGAAAAACAGCUGUCAGUGUUCAGAGUCUCACGUAAGAUCAUCAACUCCCUCUCCAGCAAAUACCGAGGUAAAAUGUAUCCAACCUUAUUUUUUUAUUGCAAACAAACUGUUUAUCUUUGUGGAUAUUAGUUUUAAUUUGGAUAUCCUUAUCCAUUUCUUCAUAUUUUGUUACCAGGGUAACCGAAACGCAGACAGCUCCCCUUAUGCUGCUUUAGGUUUCAACCUGCCUAACGAAUCAAGGAGACAGAGGACCAGCACCCAUGUUGAAUGUGUGUACUCCAGCGUAAAGCAGUAGAACCGGACAUGUUAUAAUAAAACUGGAUUUAGUAUUUAAAAUGUGGUGUAGAUAUAGAAGUAGAUUUUGAGAUAUAUGUAUGUAUAUUCCUUGUGGUCUACAAUCAAAUGAUGCAUCCCAGUACUAGGAAUUAUUUUCAUAUUUACAUCUCACCAUUUACAAUCGAUGCAAAUGUUCAGUUGCAGGAAAUGUGCCCUUUAUGUAGUUAGGCAGCAAGUAUGGGAGGAAUUUGGAAGUAUGUGCUAUUGUAUUUUCCAUUCUCUGUCAUUCGUGAUCAAAUAAAUA